AUGAUGACUACAGAGCUAUACACCAAGGGUGCGUGUGUGUGGGUUCCAGACCCAGAGGAGGUGUGGGUGUCGGCCAGCCUGCUACGGGACUUCAGUUGUGGGGAUGCACACCUGCUGCUGCAACUCAGUGAUGGAAGGGAGGUGCAGUACCCAGUGUCACCCAAGUCUGGCCUCCCCCCGCUGGGGAACCCUGAUAUCCUGGAGGGGGAGAAUGACCUGACUGCACUCAGCUUCCUGCACGAGCCUGCCGUUCUGCACAACCUGCGCGUGCGGUUCCUGGACUACAGCAGCAUCUACACCUACUGUGGAAUUGUGCUAUUGGCCAUCAACCCCUACGAAGAGCUGCCCAUCUAUGGCGAGGAAGUGAUCGAUGCCUACAGCGGGCAGGACAUGGCCGACAUGGAGCCUCACAUCUUCUCUCUGGCAGAGGAGGCGUACAGAACCAUGACCAGGGAACAGAAGAACCAAUCCAUUAUAAUCAGUGGGGAGUCAGGAUCGGGGAAAACCGUCUCAGCCAAGUUCACCAUGCGGUACUUUGCAGUAGUUGGGGGCGCAGCUCAGCAGACCAGUGUGGAAGAGCGGGUGCUGGCAUCCAAUCCCAUUAUGGAGGCUGUGGGGAAUGCCAAGACCACCCGCAAUGACAACAGCAGCCGUUUUGGAAAGUAUAUUGAGAUUGGGUUUGGAAGCCAUGGUAACAUCAUCGGGGCGAACAUGAGGACCUACCUGUUGGAGAAAUCCCGUGUUGUCUUCCAGGCCCCAGACGAGAGGAAUUACCACAUUUUCUACCAGCUGUGUGCUUCCAGACACCUGCCAGAGAUGAGAGUCCUGAAACUGGAUGCAGCUGAAAAUUUCCACUACACCAACCAGGGAGGGGCAACACAGAUUCCAGGCACAGAUGAUGCUGUAGACCUGGAGCGCACCCGCAGUGCAUUCACUAUACUGGGUGUGCGGUCUGAUCAGCAGAUGGAGCUGUUCCAAAUUCUAGCAGCAAUUCUGCACCUUGGCAACAUCAACAUCCAAGCCAGUGGGAGGGGUGGUGACCGAAGCUACAUUGACGUGGAGGACAGGUCCCUAGCGGUGUUCUCCAAGCUGCUGGGAGUGGAGCGUGCUCAGAUGGCUCACUGGCUGUGUCAUCGGCGGCUUGCGGUGGGAACAGAGAUGCUGGUGAAGCCCAUGUCAGGGCAGCAGGCGGGGGAGGCCCGUGAUGCCCUGGCCAAGCAUAUGUAUGGCCAGCUAUUCACAUGGAUUGUCCAGAGGCUCAACACUGCUCUCCGGGUACAAAGGGAGAAGCCCAAGUCCUUCAUAGGGGUCCUGGACAUCUAUGGGUUUGAGACGUUUGACAGGAACAGCUUCGAACAGUUCUGUAUAAACUAUGCCAAUGAGAAACUGCAGCAGCAAUUCAACCUGCAUGUCUUCCAGCUGGAGCAGGAGGAGUAUGAGAGGGAGGGGCUGCCCUGGAACCGCAUCGAGUUCAGCGACAACCAGCCGUGCAUUGCUCUGAUAGAGGGGCCUUUGGGACUGCUGGACCUGCUGGAUGAGGAGUGCAGGAUGCCAAAAGGCUCGGAUGAGAACUGGGCCCAGAAGCUGUAUGAUCAGCAUCACAACCACGGCCCGCGUCCACACUUCCAGAAGCCGCGCAUGUCCAACACGGCCUUCAUUAUUCUGCACUUCGCUGACACGGUUCAAUAUGAGUGUGAUGGGUUCCUGGAGAAGAACAGAGACACUGUGUUUGAGGAGCCUAUCAACAUCUUAAGAGCAAGUCAGUCUGAACUGGUGGCUGAGCUGUUUCAACAAGAGCCAACAGAGGGCGCCCUCUCCCAGCCUGGAAUGAAGUCCAGUUUGCCUAAUGGCAGCCUUCGCUCUGGAAAGAGAGCCCACAGAGAGCACAAACUUACAGUGGGCUUUCAGUUUCGUCAGUCUCUGCACCUCUUGAUGGAAACUCUGAACUCCACCACUCCACACUACGUCCGCUGCAUCAAACCUAAUGACCUCAAACAGCCUUUCUUGUUCGACCCCAAACGGGCAGUCCAGCAGCUGCGAGCCUGUGGGGUCCUGGAGACCAUUCGGAUCAGCGCUGCUGGGUACCCCUCCAGAUGGACCUACCCAGAGUUCUUUAACCGGUACCGGGUGCUGCUGCGUGGGCCACUGAACCAGGAUCAGCUGCAGGCGUCCUGCCACCAGGCUCUGUCUGCUCUCAUUCCGGACCCUGAUCAGUACUGCUUGGGGAAGAGCAAGGUGUUCUUCCGGGCGGGUCAGGUGGCCCUGCUGGAGAAGCUGCGAGCAGAGAGACUGAGGGCUGCCGGGGUCAUCAUUCAGAGCUGGGUGCGUGGGUGGCUGGGCCGGCGUCGGUACCAGAGGGUCCGUUGGGCGACACUCACUUUGCAAAGAUAUGCCAGGGGAGGACUGGCCAGGAGGCUGGCCCACACUCUGCGCUUGACCAGAGCGGCGUUGGUCAUACAGAAGACCUACAGAAUGGUGUCAGUGAGGCAGAUGUACCUGGUGAUCCGGCAGGCCGCCAUCACCAUUCAAGCCCUGGUCCGAGGCACGCUGGCACGGCGGACCUACAGGAGGUUGCUGGCGGAGCGGGCGGCAGUGGUGCUGCAGGCGGGCGUGCGCGGCUGGCUGGCGCGGCGGGCGUACCGGCGCCUACGGGCAGCGACGCUGCUGGUGCAGUGCUGCGUGCGGCGGCGGGCCGCACGGAGGGAGCUGCUGAAGCUGAGGGCGGAGGCGCGCUCGGUGGAGAGGUACCGAGAGCUCAACAAGGGCAUGGAGGUGAAGCUGAUGCAGCUGCAGCUGCGUGCCGACCAGCAGGCCCGGGAGAGCGCGGUGCUGCGGGAGACCCUGCACGCAGAGCGCGAGUCCCAUGCAGCGGAGCUGGCUCGAUUGCGGGGGGCGCUGCUCAAGAUAGAGGCGCAGCUACAGCAGCAACCCCAGGUGACCCCUGCUCUGACGGAGAGAGAAGAGGAAAACAGGAGGAGGACGGAGGAGAGGGCAGCUCAGGAGAUCUCUCGACUCACACAGGAGGUCCAGGUCCUGUCCUCAGAGAAGCGCACUCUGGAGGAAGAGAGAGAGACUCUCUGUGCUCGUUUACUGGAGCAGGAGAGAGUGCGGGAGGAGUGUAUAGCGAUGAGUGUGGCCCAGGCUGGGGAGGGUCUGCGCGCCGAGCUGGAGGAGGAGAGGCGGCGUUACCAGGGGCUGCUGAGGGAGUUCACCCGUCUGGAGCAGAGAUAUGAAAACCUGUGUGAGAUGAGCACGCUGGCUGAGCAUGCGCGUGGGCACAGGCGGACAGACUCAGCCCAAAGCCUGGUUCUGGAGCCCCUUUCCCCCUUGUCCCCCUCAACGGGGUUCCCCCCUUUCUCUCUGACUGAAGACGAGAGGAGGAUCAGCGUGGCAUCAUCACCCCCCUGUGAGAGCAAACCAUGGAAUCCAGACACUCCCCUGAAUGCUUUGAUGGGAAUGAUGGGAGUGGCUAAGGAUGGAGCGGAGCGAAUGAAGGGAGAGGACCUGCGACACGCCUAUGAUGCUGUUCGCGUGGCCAACAAGUUCUUGGAGGCCCAGCUGCUGUCCCAGCGCUCCCAGUGGGAGGAGGAAUUGUCUGUGUUGCGGCAGAGGGUUCGAGCACCCAGGGAGGUUCCCCUGACUCAUUCUGACUCCCACGAUCUGAUGGAGCAGGUGGACGUGGGGGAGCAGGAAUGCCGCAGGCUUAGGAGAGAGCUGAGAGAGCUGAGACACACCGUCACGCUCAGAAAAGCACUGACACACACAGCUCCACCUCCUCAGCCAAAGAGGGCGGAGCUGACUGGACUGCUGGAAUGCAAGAAGAGGGAUGAAGCAAAACUCAUGAAGAACCUGAUCACAGAGUUGCGGGUGGACAGUGCCCUCUCCAUGACCCCAGGGCUGAUGGCCAGUUUGCUUUUCCUGUGCGUGCGCCAGGCGGACUGUAGCGGGGACGAGACGCGAGCGCGCUCCCUCUGCACUGCCGCCAUCGCCGCCAUCAAGGGGGCACUCAAGAAACACUGUAAUGAUGUGGACAUGACUGCGCUGUGGCUGAAGAACGUCUGCUUGCUGACUGACCUCCUGACUCAGCACUCUGACAGUAGCAGUGUUUCAGAGGAGUUCAUUCCUCUCACCUCAGACCUGAGUGACCAACACAGAGCCCUGAGAGACCUUGCUAUUCAGGCAUAUCAGCAGCUCCUGUCCAUCACCGAAAGCCGCUUGCAGCCAAUCAUUGUGCCAUCAAUGUUGGAGAGUGAGAUGAUUCCGGGACUGGGGGGGUCUGGAGGCAAGCUGAGUGGCACCCGGAAGCGGGCGGGGUCUGAUGCCAGGACAGGUACAUCAGAGACUCCGAGCAUGGUGCCGGUGCUGAGGGAGCUGGGGGCGCUGCACACGGCCUUGUCCCGCCAGGCACUCCCCCUCUCUCUGCUAGAGCAGGCCUUCCGCCAGAUCACCCAUCUGCUGGCUUCCACUGCUCUGAACAGCCUGCUCCUUCGCAAGGACAUUUGCAGCUGGAACCGCGGCCUCCAGAUCAGGUACAAUGUAAGCCUUCUCGAAGAGUGGCUGCGCGGUCGGGGGCUGCAGUCAGAGGACGCUGUGGCCUCGUUAGAGCCACUCAUCCAGGCUGCCCAGUUGUUGCAAGUUAGCAAGAAAUCUGAUGCUGACGCAAAUGCCCUGGUCCAAACAUGCACUGCACUCUCUAACCAGCAGAUUGUGAAGAUUCUGACGCUCUACACUCCUCACAGCGACCUCGAGGAGCGGGUGACCCUCAACUUCAUCCGCGCUGUGCAGGGUCUUCUGAAGGAGCGUUCUGAUGGCCAGACCCGCCAGCUCCUCCUGGAUGUCCGACGCGUCUUCCCUGUCACCUUUCCUUACGUGCCGCCCCCUCCACUGAGUGUCGACCUACUGGACAUCCCAGACUCCCUCAAGAUUUCCUUCCUAAGGAGAGUCUGA